AUGGUAAUAAGACGCAGAGUCAAGGAGGCCAUUUACGUGAAAAGGGAAAGACCAUCUCUGAAUCGAGGAGGGGGCCUAAGGGUACAUCUGUCACCAUCUUACAAUGCUGUGAUUGCAGCCAUUCCCCAACUCUCUGUGAAUGCUCGUCUGACUGUGAGUCCCAGCAGCUCUCAGUUCUUUGAAGGAGACUUUGUGUCUCUGAGCUGUGAGGAGGACGACAGCUCUGCUGGAUGGACUCUGAGGAGAAACACAAGCAAACCAAACAUCACUCAGUGUGGAGAUGGGUGGGGAAAACCAGCUGGUUCUUCUUGUAACAUUGAUGUUUUCCCUCAUGACAGUGGAGUUUACUGGUGUGAGUCCAGCGAGGGUCCCAUCAGUAACAUGGUUAACCUGACAGUCACUGGUGGAUCAGUGAUCCUGCAGAGUCCUGUCCUCCCUGUGAUGGAGGGAGAUGACGUCACUCUGCUCUGUAAAACAAAGACCACUCCCUCCAACCUCCCAGCUGCUUUCUAUAAAGAUGGCUCCCUCAUCAGGAAGCAGCCUACAGGUCACAUGACCAUCCAGCAUGUUUCCAGGUCUGAUGAAGGCCUCUACAAGUGUGACAUCAGCGGUCAUGGAGAGUCUCCAUCCAGCUGGAUCACUGUCACAGACAAACUCACCACCACACCUCCUCCUACAUCCACACCUCCACCUGGAUCCACCUCUACUACUGUUCUCUCAGCGUUGUCAUGUGUUGGAUCAGUCUGUGUUGUGGUUCUACUGGUGUUACUGGUUCUCCUGAGGAGACGACAUGCCCACAGGAAACCUGAAGAUCAAGCUGGGAAAGAUGAGAUUACAUACAGUGACAUUAGAGUAACACAUCGCCAACGACAACAACCAAUAAGCCAUAACAAAGAAGACGAUCCAGCUGUAAUCUACUCAGGAGUGAGACAUGACAACAUCAGUUAUGAACAAAUUGUCAUCACAGACAAGCAAGAGAAAUCAAAGAUCAGAGAGUGCAAUUCAGCUACAAUCUACUCAGAAGUGAUAGCAGGCGACGUCUGCCAUGGACUGAAAACCACCAGAUCAAAGAGGCCCAAAGAGCCAGACACCAUCUACUCUUUACUGAAGUAGUCCACCAGUCCAACCACGUCCAGCUGCUGGUCUCUAACUGGUCCCACCAGCACCUCAGACCAGAGGACAUCUAUAGAUUUUCACUGAGAUAAUUCAAAAAUAACAUUCUAUUUUAACUAGCUUUAAAUGUUUUUUAUGGCAAAUGAGAAUAUAAAUAUGUUAAUAUGAUUCAUAACUCUAUUAUUAUUUAAACUUUAUUCGUGUUUGUUGGUUCCUGC